AUGUCUACGAAGUAUUCCCCAACUCUCCCCGUUGAAUUAUGGCAUAAUAUAUCUUCUCAUCUAGAUCAAAAAGAUCACCUAUCCUUGAUCCUCGUUAACAGAACAUUCUAUGCGAUCUUUCUCUCGGAGCUGUUCACGACUAUUGUGAUAGCAUUGAGGCCUAGCGUAGCUUUCGCUCGAUUUAACUUUAACGACAAGUCCUCAAAUACCGUGAGGGAGAAGAUACGGCCAAUCCCCACCAAUCUCAUCGAUUCCCGUCUCUCUGUGCUAGGCGAGCCAAUUUGCUCGUUGUUGGAAAUGCUUCAUUCCAAACCCGAGCUGAGAAGCUAUAUUAGACGAUGCGAACUCCGAUUCCUGUCAUUCUCUAGCUCUCCACCUUCACUCAGCUCGGCUGAGCAAUUUGAUCCAGUCGACUAUAUAAUCUCGUUAGUAGGAGACCUACCGCAUCUUGAAGAGGUGACUCUGCACGGCGUAAAGAUACUCGUUCGACAUGUUGCAUAUCUCUGUAGUCGGCCACACCUAGCCUUGGAUCUUGUCUUUGAAAACUCGACAAUAAUCGGAAGACUUGAAUUACAGGAUGCGACUAAUUUCACCGUAAACUAUCUCAAGUUUCUCAAUUCCUUCAUCUAUCCGACCAAUAAUCCAACGCUUUCCGCAAUCGUAGCAGGUGGUUCGCUCCGCGAGCUAAUAUUAACGGAGCCAUCGGGCGUCAUUCAGGCAUUCUUGAAGUUCCAUGCUGCUCAAGGGAAUGCCUCGCUACCUAGGCUUCAGAUUCUGGAACUGGCAUGGCUCAAUGCUCAAUACUUUGGCUUCUUCGAGUCGACCCCUAAUCUAAUCGAGCUCCGACUUAUCGGUCCACAUCAUAUCAAUCUCGUAGAAGAACCGCUACCCGAAGGUACUUUGCCUAAACUACAAUCUAUAUCAGUGCACAGUUCAUUUCUCAGAAUUUUUGUGCCCUCUCGUCCUGUAAAGGUCAUCAACACAGGAGAGGACAAAUCAUUUCUACAUCCGUCUCAAACAUUGCGGUUGACCUGGACCAAUUACACUAGAGGGAAGGAACUAUUCCAGUACAUCGUAGAAUACAACACUCAGCUUGUACAUUUGGAAGUCGUUAUGGCCAAGGAGGUAUACGAAUGUGCACGGCUCCUCAAAGGUUUAGAACAACUGCGUACAUUGUAUCUGAAAGCUUCAACACGCCCUCCUGCUCUACAAGCUCUUUGGAAUCGUGAUUGGGGUAAUAACACAUGGUUCCCUUCAGGAGGAGGACAAAUAAAGCUCGCUGUGAGACAAUUGGACGCACUCAAGAA